CGCCGGCUCUCACUCCGUAAUCGCUUCAACCGGGCGUACAACUUCCCUCGCAGCUGUCUCUUACACAUCGACACUACGUCAUAUUUAGAGGAGACUCUGCUGUCGUUCACAGCCCGAAGUGGUUGUAAAUAAAGCGGCGAGGCGAAGAGCGCGGCAGUGACACGGACGGAGCUGCGGCGAGCGAGCGAACUGCAGCAGAAAGAAGAAGAAGAAGAAAAAAAAAGAAAAAACCUCCAGCUCCUGGUGACAUUUUAUAUCCCGACGCCGCGGCUGAAAAACACCACAAAAAAACGGCGAAUUCGAGGCGCAAAGAUGCCGGGAAUGAUGGACAAAGGCUCGGAGUACUUGGGGAAAGGCCGCUCGAACGGCACGAAGAGUCCGUCCAACGCUUCCAACGGACAUUUCUCUGACGAGAGCGGCAGCGACGACGAACACGAUGUGGGGAUGCGGGUCGGAGCCGAUUAUCAGGCCAACAUUCCCGAGUUCGAGCCCGGCGCCACCAAGUACACGGACAAGGACAGCGGAGGGAUGCUGGUCUGGUCUCCGUAUCACACCAUCGUCGACUCCAAAUUGGACGAAUACAUCGCUUUGGCCAAAGAGAAGCACGGAUACAACGUGGAGCAGGCACUCGGCAUGCUCUUCUGGCACAAACACAACAUCGAGAAGUCUCUGGCCGACUUGCCGAACUUCACCCCGUUUCCAGACGAGUGGACGGUGGAAGACAAGGUGCUGUUCGAACAGGCCUUCAGCUUCCACGGCAAGAGCUUCCACCGCAUCCAGCAAAUGUUGCCGGACAAAUCCAUCUCCAGCCUGGUGAAGUACUACUACUCCUGGAAGAAGACCCGGUCCAGGACCAGCCUGAUGGACCGGCAGGCUCGCAAACUGGCCAACAGGAGCAACCGCGACGACAGUGAUGAGGAGAUGGAGGAGGCCCCUCCCAUCGAAGCCAACGACAGCGACUACGACCCCAACAAGGAAACCAAGAAAGAGCUCUGUGUUUCCACACCCCAGAAUCCGGUGGAGCCGGUGCUGCCGGGCUCCAAGGUGGCUCUGGGCCGGCGGGAGCACCACACCCUGCAGCACCGGCACCACCAGCGGAGCUCCCGCUGCCGCCCCCCCAAAGGCAUGUACCUGACCCAGGAGGACGUGGUGGCCGUGUCCUGCAGCGCCUCCGCCGCCAACACACUCCUCCGUCAGCUGGACAUGGAGCAGGUGUCCCUCAAGAGACAGGUGCAGAACGCCAAGCAGAUGAACAGCGGGAUGAAGCACAUGUUGGAUUCUGGGAUCGAAGAGUUCAGACUGGCUGAGAGUAACCAGAAGGUGAACGCCCGCUGGACCACAGACGAGCAGCUCCUGGCGGUUCAAGGUGUGAGGAAGUACGGGAAAGACUUCCAGGCCAUCGCCGACGUCAUCGGUAACAAGACGGUGGGCCAGGUGAAGAACUUCUUCGUGAACUACCGGCGGCGGUUCAACCUGGACGAGGUGCUGCAGGAGUGGGAGGCGGAGCAGGGGACGCGAGCUCCCAACGGAGACGGCGUCACCUCCGGGGAGGAGGGCAAGACGAGCUCCGCCACACCGUCGGGGAAGAGCACCGACGAGGAGGACGAAGAGGGUCAGGUGACCUCCUCAGGCGCGUCUCCUGCUGCCUCCUCUUCCUCUUCGGCUCAGAUUCCAGUGACGUCCAGUACCACCUCCUCCUCCCUCCACCAGCCCCCUCCCCUCCUGCGGCCCUCCCUCCCGGCCACGCCCUCCCUGCACCGCCAGCCCCCGCCCCUCCAACAGCAGGCCCGCUUCCUGCAGCCCCGCCCCACCUUGCAGCAGCCCCCGCCACUCAUUCGCCCCUCCAACCCCAUGCCCCCCCGCCUCAACCCGCGCCCUCCCGCUCCCAUGACCCUCGGCGGCAACCCCGGUGGGUCGGGUCCAAGCUCCGCCCAGCAGCCCCCCAGCCAGGCGGUCCACCAAUCGGAGGCCUCGUCUUCCUCCCUCCACUGACCGACCUCGGACUAAGUUUCUGCCGAAGAGAGGCGAGAAAGAAAAAUGUUCAAUCUGAAGCUGCUGUGUUCAGGUCCUGUGGGGAAAAUCUCGAGUGACUUAAUUCUUCAGAACAAGGACAGCGAGUGUCACGUUUUUUUUUCUACUCUCACCACACAAGAACAUAAAGGUGACACAUGUACAAGGAACACCAUCCAAAGUGUUUAUUAUUUGGUCGACAGUAUUUUCAGGGUCUUUCCCGCAGGACUUGUGAUGGACACCUGUUUUUUUUCAAAUCUUUGUUUUGCAAAAGCGGAGCCUGACACAUGGCGUCCCACAGGGUUCGAUCCUGGGUCCACGCUUUUUUUUCUUCUUCUUCUCUUUAUCGUUAUGCCAGCGGUACCGUGUACAUUUCAAAAGUGAUUUAUCAAGUAUUCAUCAGCAGCCAAGUACAUACUAAAAGAUGGAUGUUGCAGUAUUUUCUACAGUUAAAUUAAUCUAAUUGAAAUAAAGUAAUAGAGUCUAAUAUAACUUUGAAUUAGGUUUAAAUUCAAUUGAAUCCGUGUAUCUUCUUACAUUAAGAAAGUCAACAUUUUUAUUGAUUUCAUUUUAGUUAUCAUCUUUUUUUGAGUCGUCUUAAUCCUCCACUUUCCAGAGUUAUUACAUGUAAUGUGUACCGAGUCCGCCGACUCUCGUGUUAACUACCGGCUGCCCAGAGGAUUUUUUUCGUUAACCCAUGAUCCUUCCUCUAGCGCCACCCUGAGGACUAACAUGUUCAUGUUGUGGCCGUCGUGAACGCUGCGGCCACUAGGGGUCACUGACGUGGUCACACCUUCUCCAAAAGGGCUUUUUACGAUCUCUCCUACGUACAACCUUUUUAAAGCCGAGAUCCAAAUGAGGAAAAACUUGAGGCUGUCUGGCGUGUUUUUCUCAUCGUCAACAAGUCUCGUGUUUACACUCAAGCCAACAUCGUGUCAGUCGCUCUCUAUACCGACUGACUCACCGUGUCUGUGGCUCGGUUCCUACUGAAGAAGCAGUCUCGGUAAUUACCCUAAAAGAUCUGAAAUCUAAAACGUCUAAAAAAAAUCAAACGAGCAGAAGGAAAUAGUGCAUUAGUUGGGGACUAUUUUCAGCGGCGGAUUAAUCCACAUUUGGUGUUGUAGUGAUGAAGGAACGUUGGGACCCGGUGCAACAGCUCGCCGAGGAAGAAGAUGUCCACGCACAAUAUGGAGUCAAGUCGCUGUUGGUUUGAUGCCGAGCAUGAAGAAGAAACAUCGGCUGGGACUUCGACAACUCGCUGAGACACAGAAGCGGCGGUAGAGCACCUCCGUGUGGUGAACAGUAGCGUUACACAUCCACGUGUACAGUCUGGUAUCUAUUCCACUCAUUUGUAACCAGCUGUCAAGUAACUCAUUAACUAACUUUUUCCUUCUUUUUUUUUUUUUUUUAACACUAAAAAGUACCCUGAUGUGUGUAGAAAUGUGUCCCGUCAGCCAAAUGAGAAACGUUCCUCGCUGUUCUCAUAAUUGUUCCGUGGUUUGGAUUUAACGUUCUCAGAGUAGCUGUUGUGCCCCCCCCCCCCCCACCCCCACCCCCACCCCCCUUCCUCCACAUGUUGAAGAUUCAUUUUGAAACUAAACAACCUAAAUGUUAUCUCCGUCUGGACCGUGAGCUUCAGAUGUCUGUUUUUGUUAUUUAUUUCUUCUUCUUCUUCUUCUUCUUCUUCCUGGUGCUAUCAGUUUGGACUUGGUGUGAAUUUAAAUCAUUGUGAAAGUGCUCUUAAUGCUUUUUUGUUUUGUUGGACAAACCGUGCGUCACAGCGUUAAAUGUAACUGGAGUCAUAGAGUCAAACUUAAAGAGUCCUUUUUUUUUGAGUUUCAACGUGUAAAAAUAUUGCUGUUCAAAUGUAGCUGCUGAGACGUCUCAUUAAAAAAAAAAAGACAUUUGUA